AUGACUGAUUUCGAUCAAAGAAUGGAUGAAGAUUUGGUUCGAGGAAUGGUUGAAGAUUUGAUUCAAAAAGUGAUGAAUCAGUUAAUUGAAACGACGGUUGAAAAGAGUAUCGGUUCCCAGUGGCUGAGGGACGCAAAGGAUUUUGUUGGAAGCACGUUCCCGAAUCGGGAGGAGGCGAUUCAAGCCAUCCCACCAAUCGGUGAUGGAAUGCAAUCAUCGCUUGUCUCUUUCCUCCUGGAGAUGGGGAAGAAACGCGGAGAGUCAAUGUUCAUCGUCUACAAUCGAAACAUGAAGCAGUUAAUGAAAAGUCGUUUCUAUGGUGGACUAUACGAGGGAUAUGAACUUAUUGAACCAUCCGAUCACGACAUAAUCAUCAUAGAUCGGCUCCGCGGUUUCUUCUUCGUGAAAGUGAUCUACCUUGAUGAAGAUCAACAGGAACUAAUUAGCGAUGCAAGAUUUCAAAGAAUUCAAGAAAAAUAUGACGGGGCAAAGAAAGAUUUUGAUAGUCUCAAGGCAUUGUUGAAGGAGGUUGGGAUGGAGAGCAACCAAGUGAAAAAAUGUUUUUCCCUUCAUUUCCCCAUCGUCGCAUUUCCCCGAAUUCGGAAGGAAGAAAGACAACCUUACAAUGCACUGAUAUUGUAUGAAGAGGACUGUCAGUCCUUAGAACAGUUUGAGUCUUGGUGGAAGGAACAUAUCAUCAAUCAGAAGAGAAGCAAAUUUGAAUUGAAUUCAGAAGCUCACCUCACCCUCUUGGCCAUAUUUGGGGCGCCUCAUUAUGCGACACAAGUCCUGGACAAUGAGAAAACCGACUGCAAGUUUCUCACUGCGAGGGAAAUGGAGAUUCUCGUUUUGGAGCCGACAAAGUGCGUCAUAGAAAAGGCAUCAGAAGUUCAGACGAUGAAGCUGGUAAAACAGAAGGCCCGUAGUAUCAUAACGAAAUGGUUCUACGAAAGACAAGUUAUCGAGCCACAGUGUAUCCUCCUCCUUGGUCCCUCUGAAGAGGUUAUCAAAGAAUUGGAAAACACAAUGCCGGAAUUGAUCAAGAACUCUGCGAUGGCUGCAUAUCGCACAUGGACGAACAAGUCCUUCGAGGAGAGGAGAAAUAUGGUUUCUUCUGUCAUUCAGAGAAGCCUCACCUUCAUGGAAGAUGAGCAGUCUGAUGAGGAUGGUUGUGGAACUGUAUCCUCUCAUGAAGACCCCAUAGACUUGAAGAAGUUACUGAUGACCCUCGUAGGAAUUCUUCUUCCCAGUUUCAAAAGUUCUACUAUCUCUGUUCGGGCCCCUUGGUAUAUCGAUCAAUGGGAAAGAAACAGACAAGAGAGGGAUGAUAAGAUAAGGGAACGUGAAGAUUCUACGGGGGAAAGUGUGUCUGGCAAAAAAGCUGAGGAAAAUGAUGAAUCACUCGUGCAUGGGGUCUCCUCCAUUGACCAAAGGAAUCGCCAUGGACGAAGCAUGGAUAUCUUCCUCCGUCCCAAAACGAACAAAACUCACGGAGACGGGAAUAAAGGAAGAAAUGAUGAUGAAGGGGCUGAUGAAGAAAUGACUGCUGGGAAUGGAUCCAUAGAAAUGGAUGAACCCCGCUCUCAAGGGAUUCCCAUUUUUGAGGAAGAGUGCAGGAAUGUAAGUAACACUGAUAAGGGAGCAGGUGAACCGGACGAAGAAAAUGAUGAUGAAUAUUCACAUUUUGAUGCUCUUUUGAUGCGCAGCAUGGAUAUGAUGAAACCCUUUAUCAGUUUCAUCGAAGCUGAACUGAAGCCUACAUUAGGACAGGACAUGGAGCAGAUUCGGUUCUCACAAUGGAGUGAUGAAAUGAAACUCCUUCACCUCUCCAUUGAAGCCCUUUUGGAUAACGCCCACAUAGAUAUAACUGCAGGCAGAGGUAAUCGGCCGACUGAACAUGCAGACAAAGUGUCUGAGGAACAAUCCCUGCCACAUAGAAACGUAAAUGCGAGUAUGCAGAAGUUGCUGAAGAGUCAGAUGGAAGUGAAAGUACGGGACACCUUUAAAGAAAUAAAGAAACUGAUAGCGAAACUCACGAACGCGGUUUCGUUGAAGAAGGAGAAGAGAAAUAAAGCAAUUAGGGAUCGUGCAGAAAUCAGGAAGCUGCACAUUCCGAAGCUGCAAAAAUUGCAGGAAGAGGGGAAGAAAUUUGAUCAUAUUUUGGUCCUUGAUUUGCAUGAACUCAGCAAGAAUUGCAAUGAUGUCUGGUUUCAAGAUCUUCGUAACCUUCACUCGGAUCAUGCCGAAGGAUAUUUCUGGCUCUUUACCCCUGAAGAUGAGCUUCCAGGAAAGUUAUCUGCUGAGCUCAACUGUUCACACGGAAGUAAAGUUGUGACCAGGAUUGAUCGAAGUAAGCCAACUAAAGAAACAACGUGGCUCUAUCAGGCGGAACAAUUCAUCAAGGAAACGUAUCGUGAUUGGGAAACUGAAAAGACAACCCACUUGGUCCCGUAUGUCGAAGACAAGGAAGAAUGGAUAAGGAAAGUUGAGCACAAUGCAGGAGAAAAAGCUGAGCGAUCUCUUAUUAUAACCCUCUAUCAGCUUGGAAAAAAUAAGCGGUUACCAAUGUUCAUUACCUAUAACCGUAAUUUUUCCCACCUCAUCAAAACGAAGGAUGUGGGCGGUGGCUCGGAAGGCAUCAUGACAGGAGAACAUGAUGUCGUCAUGAUACAUCGAGAGUUAGGUGCAGUCUUCAUGCAAGUGAAGAAUCUGGACACCAAGUCAAGUAAGGACAAACCUAGCAAUGCAGUGAAAAACCGGGAAGGCAUAACAAAUAAGGCACGCAAGAAUGCAGUUAAGAGGAAUAUAGAUGCGGCCGAGGAACAGCUCAAGAAGGAUGUGAAGAGUCUGAAAGCUGCCAUUAAAGAAAGCGGUGUGGAUGGCAUAGACGUCUCGCUCUGUGUAAUAGCACUUGUGAAUGUAAAGAGAGCUGAGGUUGAAAGAAAACCAAUCCAUGACAUUCAACCACCCAUUGUCUUUCUUUGCGAAGAAGACCUCAAGUCUGUGAAAUCGAUCGAACAAUGGUGGAAUGAUCACCUCCUUUCCAAGCUGCAAAGUUCCAUCGAUACCAGAAUGUAUCUGAAACUUCUGGCAAUAUACAUCGCGCCGGUGUACGCUUCCCCGGCGCACACUGCCCGAAUGACGACGCAGAAAAUCAAUUUCCUGACCGCAGACAAGCUGGAUAUGUUGGUGAACAAGCCAAAGGACUUUGCGGUGAAAGGGGCGGCUGGAACGGGGAAAACUUGGCUCCUUCAGGAAAAGAUCCGGAACAUCGUCAUGUCCUGGUUUCAACAUCAAUUCAUCGAAGAUAAGGACGAGAAGAUCCUUCUCGUCUGUCGUCAAAAGCAUCUUUACUUGCAUUUCUGUCGAACCCUUCCCGAUCUCCUUCUAACCUCCGCCAUGGCCAUGCAAAACAGAUGGAGACAUGAAAUACAGGAAGGAAACGAGAAACAAAAGGUAAUGAACAUUAUUAAAAAGAAUCUCAUCAUCUGCAGUGCGGACUAUAGCGACAUAGAAGUAUGGGCGGAUGAGUGUGGGGGGAUGGAGAAAAAGGGCGAAACAGAAUCCCUGGAGGAUCUCCUGACGAGAAUCUGGAAUGCAACCUGGGAAAUAUUCCUUUUUUAUCGAUUUUUUUGCCAUUCAGUCGCGUCUCUCCCACUUGAAAGUGGGCGGAGAUGGAAGCUCAAAGCCGCCAUCAUGCAGCGUGUCUUCCGCACCUUUACUCCUGACAUCAACGCAUUACUCUUUUUGGAAGAAACCAUCAGACUCAUCGCAUUUAAGGAUGUGAAUCACCCUCUACAGCUUAUUGGCGAAGGAUCAGUGGGUAAAUCAAUGCUGGGAAUGAGUCAUCGGCUAACUGAAUGCAAUGUCUUGAUGAAGAAACUGCCCUCGAGGAAACAGCUCGCCGUAGUCGCGUGCGUGGAGAAGAUCCUUCGGAUCCGGGGGCCCCCUUUCCACCACGUCUUCGUGGACGAAGCCGAAGACUUGUGUCUUUCAUUCCAAGACCACUGGUUGAGUUCGCUCCGUUCCCUCCAAAAACAAGGAGGAUACUUCUGGCGGACCUACGACCCCCUUUCCACGACAGUGAGUAAGAUGCCGGAUUCGUUGAAAGAAGAGUUGGAAUGUGCUCAUUCCUUAUUCACGGUGUUAAGAAAUCCCGGAUACGUUUUCCACUCCUGGACCACUAACCUCAAGCCCGAGAGAGACUACGAUAUGCAAUUUCCCGGCACAGUCGACGCUAUUGAAGAUAAUAGCGUCAACUAUUGCUAUUCCAGGGAUGAAAUAUUCUCGGGUCACGAUUCACAGGGCCCCAACGUGGAAAAGUUUCACGUUUCCAGUUCCAUUCUCUCCGAAAAGAUCCUGGAAAUUCUAAGAGAGAAGUUCGGUUAUGGGACACACCCCGGGGACAUCGCCGUCCUCUUCGCGAACAAAGGAGAUUUCAAAUUCCAUGGAGAGCGACUGAGAAAGGCAAUGGAAUUGGAGCUCCGUGUUUCUCCCACCACUCCCCGCCUCGUUGUUGAGUAUGCUAAUUUCUUCAAGGGCAUGGAGGCCCCCAUCGUGUUUUUAAUCACCAAUCAAAAAGCGAUCAAGAGGGAAAAAGUAUACAUAGGAGCAUCUCGAAGCACUUCCCGCCUAAUACAAAUCGAGAUGGAGACCACGGAACAAGAGGACGAGCAAGCGAACAGGGAAGCAGAAGAGGCAUACCUUAAAUGCUUGCCAGCUAAUACGCCCGAGGAAUACAAGGAGUUUUAUAAAAGUACAUGGCGCGAAAUUACAUACAUCUAG